GGUCUCGCCUUAGUGUAUCAAUGUUUAAUUACUUAAAUAUUAAAGCGCUGCAGUUUUUCCCAGACACGUGUGUUGUGGUCUAGUUGCCACGAGAGAAUCGAUUCCAAUAAUACUUACAAAAGAUGAAUUAUUAUGAGGAAAUCGUUAAUUAGCAUGGAACGCUGGCAAGGUCGUGGGUUUAGCGCGACGUGUCGAACUCAUCGAAGAAAUGAUUUACUCCAUGACGGACGCGCCUGGAGAACUUUACGCGCUAAAAUGCGACAUGUCAGAAGAAAACCAAAUCCUAGAAGCCUUCGCCUGGGUCAAAGAAAACUUAGGACCCAUCAGCGUCUUAAUAAAUAAUGCGGGUUUUAUACGCCCCACUACGCUAACAGAGGGCUCCACGGACGAAUGGCGUUCAACUUUUGACGUCAACGUCAUAGGUUUGUGCAUAUGUACGCGCGAAGCUGUCAGAUCCAUGCGUGACAACAAUAUAGCCGGUCACAUUGUUCAUUUAGGAUCCAUAGCCGGCAGAUACCCAGUCAUGAUGCCUACUCCUGUCAUUAAUGUUUAUUCUGCAACUAAGUAUGCGGUUACGGCAUUGACGGAAAACUUACGACAGGAGCUGAAUUUUCAUAAGACGGGCAUUAAGAUUUCGAUGAUUUGUCCAGGAGUUGUGAGUUCAGAGUUUCAUGAAGGGUACAUUAAAGAUGGAACGAAGGAGGCUGUAACAAGUGGACCGAUUUUGUUUCCUUCAGAUAUUGCUGAUGCUAUUGUGUUUACUCUGUCAACGCCGCCUCAUGUUCAGGUGCACGAUAUUAUGAUAAAAUCAGUAGGCGAGCUAAUCUAAUUUUAUUAUUAACAGUUAUCAUAAUUGUAUUAAAUCUAAUGUACG